AGUGAAACUUUUAGGACUUCCAAUCUUUGUUUAUUCCACUUGAAAUCUACUUCGGUUCGGUAACAGCUUUUAUUUCUUUUAUUCUCUUCUUCCUGUAAACUGUCCCGUUGAACUUCCUCUGGCAGACCGACCGACCGACCGAACACAUCUGGAGCAGCAGCAGCAGCAGCAGCAGCAGCAGCUUCUGCUCUGAGGCCACGACAACUCCUUUAUAACCGUUCACCUCCCGACGUGCAACCUGAACCCUUUCCACGCCAUUACACGUGGUCCGUGUCCCUCCACAACCCACCACCGCCAUCCCUCCUCAGACUUUCCAAAUAAAGCGUCUCCAGCUGUGCGCCGCUGUGCGCCGCUGUGCGCCCUCCGUGCGUCACACCGCUCCACACGGGCCGCGCAGCGCAGCGGCAGCAGCGAGGACCAGGACGAGGACCAGGACCAGGACCAGGACGAGGACCAGGACCAGGACCAGGACGAGGAGGACGAAUCAAGGGGAAAGCGAAGUAAAGAUGUCCGGCACCACGCUGCUGCUCUCGGUUCCUCUGGGUCUGUGCCUGCUGUGGGCGACCGGCGGCGCGCAGAUGCCCCGGGACGCGCUGGAGCGAGGCGCGGUCAGUCUGAACGACAUGUUCCGCGAGGUGGAGGAGCUGAUGGAGGACACGCAGCACAUACUGGAGGAGGCAGUGGACCAGAUAAAUACCGAGAGCGCUAAACUGUCAUCGGACCUGCUUCUCGGCUACAACAACGGAACUAAGGAGAUCGUCCAGAAAGGAAAAGGAGUCGCUCGGGUCCUCGACCGGACCGACAAGGAAACCUACAACAAAACCGGAGAGACCCAUCUGCCACACAUCCGUACGGAGAUGUCCGGUCCAUGGAACAGUGUGGCUCACGAAUGCAUGGUGGACGAGGACUGCGGUGACCUGAGAUACUGCCUGUACGAGAUCGAGAGCUCCAAGUGCCUCCCCUGCAUACCGACGGACAUGCCCUGCACGAAGGACGAGGAGUGCUGCUCGGAGCAGAUGUGUGUGUGGGGCCAGUGCACGGUCAACGCCACCGGAGGAGAAGAGGGAACGAUCUGCCAGGCUCAGAGCGACUGCCGGCCCGACCUGUGCUGCGCCUUCCAACGAGAGCUGUUGUUCCCGGUGUGUAACCCCAGACCCGGGAAGGGGGAGUCCUGUCUGAACUACCCCAACCUGCUGAUGGACAUGCUGGCCUGGGACGAGGAUGUGCCCCGCGACCACUGCCCCUGUGCCGACCUCCUCCAGUGCCGACCGCACGGUCGUCGAUCUGUUUGUGAGGAGUAGAAACUGGAAGGAGGACGUUUUUUUUGUUAAACUUCACGACCUUCAUGUCCUGAAGCUAAACCAAACACUUUUUUUUUUACUGAUCGUUCACCAAAGGACCGUCCAACACCUGCUGAUCAAUACUUUUAUUAAAGUACAGGGUGUCGCUUCAGGGCAGGACUUGCACUGUUGUUUUUAUUUAUGCCUUUACCACCAAUCUGUCUUGUAUAUCAUGAAGGGAAAAUAAUAAAAGACUUGUUUUUCUAGACAGAAA